UCCUCCGCCGGCCUCGGGCGCGCGGGCCAUGGACCCCGAGCGCAGCCUCGCCUUCCGGGGCUUCCAGAAGCGCUCCCCCGAGAAGGUGAAGCUGCGGAAGAGGAAGUCCGCCUUGUACGCCGGCGCCCAGGACCAGGGCUCGGGCGGCCGCGGUCUUCUUGGAGAAAACACCUACCUUGUCUUGCUUACCGUGGCUUUCAGAGUACUUAACUGUGCCCUAGUUCAGACCAGUUUUGUUCCGGAUGAGUACUGGCAGUCUCUGGAAGUUGCCCAUCGCAUGGUCUUCAAUUAUGGUUACUUGACCUGGGAAUGGACAGAACAAUUAAGGGGUUACACUUAUCCCUUAAUCUUUGCAAGCAUUUACAAGAUUCUGUACCUCUUGGGGAAAGAUAGUGUUCAGUUACUGAUUUGGAUCCCCAGGCUUGGCCAAGCACUUCUGUCUGCUGUUGCAGAUGUGAGGCUAUACUCACUCAUGAAACAACUGGAGAACCAGGAAGUGGCAAGAUGGGUGUUCUUUUGCCAGCUGACCUCCUGGUUCACAUGGUACUGCUGCACCAGGACCCUUACAAACACCAUGGAAACCGUUCUUACUAUAAUUGCUCUUUUUUACUAUCCUCUGGAAGGCUCAAAGACCAGGAGCAGUGUUAAGUACUCAUCCCUGGUCGCACUGGCCUUCCUCAUCCGUCCCACAGCUGUCAUCCCGUGGGUUCCAUUACUCCUCAGACACUUCUGGCAAGAACAAAGCAAGCUGAAUCUUCUGCUACAUCAUUUCUUACCUGUGGGGUUUGUAACCUUGAGUUUGUCUCUGAUGAUUGAUCGGAUCUUUUUUGGACAAUGGACUCUGGUUCAGUUUAACUUUCUGAAGUUUAACGUGCUGCAGAACCUGGGGACGUUUUACGGCUCUCACCCAUGGCACUGGUACUUCAGCCAAGGGUUCCCAGUUGUACUGGGUACACACUUACCCUUCUUUGUGCAUGGCUGCUUGCGAGCCCCCAAGAGGCUCCAGACGCUUCUGCUGGCCGUGCUGUGGACGCUGCUAGUGUAUAGCAUGUUGGGCCACAAAGAAUUCAGGUUUAUUUAUCCAGUUGUACCAUUUUGUAUGGUGUUCUGUGGGUGCUCACUGGCCCAACUGAAGACACACAGGAAAGCAGCCCUGGGCUUCCUGCUCCUAUCAAACACAUCCCUCGCGCUCUACACCGGUCUGGUUCAUCAACGAGGCACUCUUGAUGUCAUGAGUCACAUUCAGAAACUCUGCCAGGACAGACCCAGCAAAGCUUCAGUGUUCGUGAUGAUGCCCUGCCACUCUACUCCUCACUACAGCCAUAUUCACUGUCCACUCGCAAUGAGAUUUCUCCAGUGUCCCCCAGACCUGACUGGGAAAACUCACUAUCUUGACGAAGCAGGCAUGUUUUAUCUAAACCCCUUGCACUGGCUGCAUCAAGAGUUUCAGCAUAACACAUCACUGCCCAGUCACCUGAUCAUCUUCAAUGUUCUGGAGAAGGAAAUAAGUGCUUUCCUAAUUUCAAGAAAUUACGAGAAGACUGCUGUUUUCUUCCAUACUCACUUGCCAGAGGGUCGAACUGGAAGUCACGUCUAUGUCUACGAACGAAAGUCAAAUGAAAAAUUCAACAGAUGAAGUUCUGAACUGUUCUGCAGAGAAACUGACAGUAUUGGGUGGGAACAUUCUGAUGGUAUUCAAACACAGUUAUCACCCAGUGUUAUUAAUGGAACUUGCCAUAAAUUAUGAUGGGCAACUUGACCAAAUAAUACCAGUACUAAGAAAUUGUGCAAAACAUCACAAAAAUUUUUUUUUAAAAAAUCACAUAUUAAUACAAUGCCAGAUUUUAAGUAAAGACCUUUAAUUUCCUCAUGGUA